AUGACUGCUGGUUUCCCAUCAGAUUACAUGCAUAUGCGGAAAUUCCUCAUCUUACUCAGAGCUAUGCCAAUUGGACACAAGGCCAGGCUUUCUUUGGAGUCCUGGAAUCUGCUGAAUGAUAACAUUGAGCAACAGAGUUUGGCUCUGAGUAUUGAUUUAACCCGAAAAUGUAGAGGUGUCGUAGACCUGGAUCGGUGGAAGGCAUCUGAGCUACGACAGUUUCUUCUGUACAUAGGACCCGUUGUUUUACGAGACAUCUUACAUCCUGACGUUUACGAAUGUUUCAUGCUGUUCACCUUUUUUUCACAACAUUAUGCUAAUUUUUUAAUUGAUGUUUCCAAGGUUGCUGUGUCAAAAUUUGCUGCUAUUUUUGGUCCCAGCCAUUUAGUGUACAACAUACACCUCUUCUCCCAUUUGUUCAAUUUCGUCAAGCUUUAUGGUUGCUUGGAUCGUUUUUCCUGUUUUCCCUAUGAAUCGGAGCUGGGUCAUUUGAAGCAUUACAUACAUGGUCCAAAACCACCGGCCGUUCAGCUUUACCGCCGACUGUCCGAGCGUGUGGGAUUGGAUGCUGUCGAAAGGAAGGUAUUUUUGGAUGAUGUUGGUUUGCGACUGAGGCCAUCGGCCACUGCCGGAUGUCGCAGGUUUAUUCAUAGGGAUGUCGUUUUUUCGAAAAACUUUCCCGACAACUGCAUUUUGCUUGAUGGUCAGCCAGCUGUCAUUGUAGAUUUUUCUAAAGAUACUAUUGUGUACCAGAAAUUCAAAACUGUUCUACCGUUUUACACUCACGUAUUGAUUUCGACGGACGUCUUAGUUUUUCAAUGCUCCGACUUGCAACACACUCGGCUGUUUGCAUCAGUCGACCAAAUAUCUUGUAAAUGCUUAAGUUUUUCCCGCACAGACACUCGUAUAUACUUCCCCAUUUUGCAUACCCUCAUCGAUUAUCGUGCACGUACGAAGUGUAUCGGCAGUGCAGUAAGUUCAUUUUCAGUUAAAAAUGUUCUAGAAACUUUUCCGGAUGCACUGAGUGCUCAGCAGAAGCCCUUGACUCAGGGCAUACCUCCUCCGCGGAGCAAAACGAUGAACGGCUGGCAAAAACAGUAUGUUUACGAAUCGUAUUACAAUGGUUGUAGUGCAAAGAAACGGCUGCCGUCUGAUUUUACAGACGGGUCGGAUCGUGAUUCCAGUGGUGACACCACUUUGUUUGCGAACAUAGUCAUAAGCCCACCAACUCCAAAAAGACUAUGUACCAAUCCGACUGCCACGAUUAGUAGUCUCAUUCCUGUUCGAGACGCGCCACCCGUCCCUCGUGAUGCCCCGAUGAUAUGUGGAACGUACGUUUUAUUUCAUUACCACCAUCAAAUAAUCUAUCAGCAGUUCCACGUAUACAACACUUCCCGCCGUGGGCGAUCCAGCACCACGCAGUUCUACCCCGAUCCCCAGGCCAGCGUAAUUUCCCCGGAUCUGGCCAACCUCAUUCUCAAGAAUUUAGAGAAGAUUUACUCGUCGCUCCAAAGACUGCACAUGAAGAUAGACGCUCUAGUACCCACUAGCAGUUCUGAGGCACUCAACGAGCCCCCUCUUCCGCUUUCAUCCAUGGAUGAUCUCCAAAAGUAUGAGGAACAUCUAAGAGAUGGUCCACGCUAUGCACAGCUGGUGGAAAGGUGGCUCUUGCAGGAGGCUGGCGAUGUACAAGUGUACCUGACCAACGUGCUUACGCGGACGUUGGCUCCAAGGCUGGCCGUACUACUCAACUGGCGCGGAAUAAAUGACAAAGAAGCCUUCGGGUCAACCAGGCUGGCCCAAGGACUUAUUUACGCGACAACUGAGAAAUUUCCGAACACAAAUCCGCGACAAGUAAAGGAAAUCGUUCAUCGCUGGCUGGAGAACGAACGGCAGAAAGUUCGGAAACGCCUGCAGAGAGCCACCAAGAGUGACAAAUGA